UGGACCUCCUAGGUUCAUGGUCUGAAAACUUGAAUUCAAUUAUUGACUGAACCAUAGACUUGUCUAUGGUAUGAACUGACCUGACAUACAAAACAGUGGCCAAAUACUCAGGAACAAGUUUUAUUCAAUGCAGUCGCCACUCAUUAAUGAUCUGAUCAUUGUGCUAGAGAAUUAUAAAGUACGAAAUAUAGUUAUCGAGAUAGUUACUCAAUGAUUAUAAUAAGUAGCUCCAAUUGCUCGAGCGAAAGUUCAGUUGAGGUGACUGUUCGAUGUGGGAAAAUAGUAGUGUAAAGUAACCUCAAAAUGAUAUGCAUCAAUUUUUUGCAUGGUGUUACGGGUGAAGUUGCCGAAAUUCCGAGCCCUUACAAAGCAAUAAUUUACUUCGAAUUGGACGGGGUAUUACAAACCGCAUAUUUGAAGAGUCAGAGAUUCUAUAAAAAUGGCAAACAUCUAUGUGACAAUCAAAACCUCCAGAAAUUUUUAAAAAUUGGAUACAAGGUGAAAUUUUCAUGCCAUCUCAUCGACAAUCCAGAUCCGGGACAAUGCCAAUGGUUUGUUACAAGUUGUUGGCGACAUAAUGAUGAUAAGGAUACUCGACUCGUGAUGUCAACUGGUAUAAUGAAUGUAGCAGGAACGAUAAUAGACCUUAAGCAACGCCAUGGAACAUUGCUAAUGACAGACUUAUUGGGUACCGAAUAUCGGGUACAUUUUCUGGCCAGCAAAGUUUAUUUGUUUGGGAAAAGAGUAUCAUCAUCUAAACCGCUUUCCAGUCAGCUUCAUAUUGAUGAUCAAGUUUACUUUGAUGCUAUACCUUGCUUUCCUGAAGAGAAUCGUCAUAAUUGUAACUGGUUUGCAACUUGUGUACAUAAAGGAAAAAAACCGGAGAAACUUUCGUACUAUGUCCAGAAUAAAGUAGAUAGUAAAGAUCUCCUGACAGCUGUUGAAGCAGAUGAUAAUUUAGUAGGAAAUGAAGUACUAGAUAAUUUUAGUACAAUCAAUGGAUCUCCCACUCAUUGUCAGCAGCAGGAAAUUGACAUACUUGAGAAUGCUGUUAAACAAACUGGAAACAGCAAUGAAGAAUUUCAGUCUCCAGAGAUUUUUGGUGUCAGUGACAUGGAAUUCCUCACCGAGGAAACAUCCAGUAAGCAUAUUGAGCCUCAUCCUCGACUGAGUGCUAAAAUGCUGCAGGAACUCAAAAUGGUGACCAACAAUCCUCGGGCAGUGUUUGCAACAACUGAAGGUUUCAUUCUCGAAAUACUAAACGAAGAAUACGGAGUAAUUCUAGGAGAGUUCAAACGCAACAUCUUUCAGACAAUUUUAUUCCAUCGCAGUAACGCAUUUCUAUUCGGGAUGAGCCUUGCCAAUACAAAACUCACAGAAAUCUUCAUUGACGGUGAUCGCGUACGAUUUAUCGCCGUUGAUGCGCCAAAGCAAUUUGUCUGUGACUGGAUCGCGAUUCAGGUAUCUGUCGCUUGCCACGGACUUGCAGAAGAUUCAGACCUACCGGAAGAAGAAAUUACCGAAGGAUUGCCGCUGGAAUAAAGACCGCAAGGUACACAAUAAUCUGCGCCCGAACGCUCUCUGUGAAAUAUCCAAGUUAUCUCGUCGAAAUCGAUUGCGCUUUUUUUUGUUCGUUUGUUCUCCUCAAUGAUUUACAAUUCAUUCUAUUUCUUUAUCGUUCUGCAAUGUUUUCUUUGUUUUUUGGUUCUCAUCGUCUUGCUAAUCAUCAGUUUUAGUGUAGUGAUCUAAUCCUUGUUUUUUUCUUCGUUAAAAUUCGUGCUACAAUGAUGAUGAUGCUGGUGAUAGUGAUUUCGUUCGUAUUAUGGGGCUAUGAUAAACCGCUGUUGGUAUUAGCGACGUUGCAAUGAGCACGUAAUAGCGUGUGUCGAGGUAUAAGGUACGCAAGAUAUAAUGAGAGGCGAUGAAAAUGGCAGAGUUGUGGGCGAUACGGAUAAGAGCGUGCUCAGCCAGGUGUCGUAGUAUUUUUACGUAACUAUAACUUUCGCGUGUUUGAUGCGUUUCUGCGUGGUCGUUUAUUUUUGGUCACAUCUCCCAGUCUGCGAUGUAAGAAAGAAAAAAAAAAUAUAUAUACCCACGGAUCGAAAGGUGACUCAAACCAACGACUAUUUUCUUAUGUAUUUGUCUAUAAUGCAAUGUACCUGGAUGUGAUACAUAUUAUGUAUCUAUGUAUGCAUAGAAUAUCACAAACGUGAUAUGUUCACAAAGUUAUGUGAUGGAUUCGUAAAAUUGUUGAUUCAGCUUUACGUUUUCAACAAAGAUUCUUAUAACAUUGAAAAUACAUGUAUAUUUUUUAUUGUUGUUGAA